CAUCUGUCCCUCACUUCGGUCGCUCUUUUCUUUUCCUCCUUAAAUUCCAAACUAACAUUACAACUCAUACAAACAGAAUCACAAAACUCCCAACCCUAAGCCACACCACUAAACCAGAUUAAUUAAAAGGUCACAGCUUGCAGAUGCUAAGCACUAUUUCCUCAAUUUCUUCACCGGAACACAAAAACAACCAAACAACACCCAUAAAAUAAAAAAACACAAUUCCCAAGAAAGUAAGUAAAUAACACCCGUUCCAAGGAAAGAAAAUAACAACUAAAACAUUUAACAGAGCAUGACCAUGAUAUGAUGCUCCUGCUCCUCACUCUGCAGCUCCAAACAUAAAAAACAGAGCACCCACUUUACCCAUUCAGUCACAACUCUUCAAUUUUCGACCUUUGUCUGUUUUUUGAAACCCAUUUCGAUGGACCGUUCGUAUCGCCGGCGCCGGCGAACAUGGUGCUGCUCCUUUGCCGUUCCGCCGUCGAGCCCCGACAACUUCUAUUCUUCAACCCACUACUCGAAACCGCGUCAGGGGAAGUCUGAAACCUUCUCAAAACCGAAUCUUUCGGUCCCAAGCUCGCCCCAGAGCACCAAAUCCGGGUCCAGAAUGGCGGGUCGGAUCGACCCUCGGAGGAUCUUGUCCCCCGGCAGAGUAUCCCCCAUUGACUCCGAUCCCGCUGCCGUCGAUUCCGCCGCUCCCGUCCCCUCUCCGGCCAUCGAUUCCGAGCCCAAGUUGCGAUCUCGGAGCUUCCGGGCACCGACACCGCCUCCGCUGCCUCCUGCGGUGGUGGAAGAGGAGGGUUCUGGCAGCGGAGGAACUAAAGACGGUGUUUUUGACGUGAGAAUGUGUUUGAGAGGGAAGGAUGGUGGGUGCAUGGUUUUGGAGCUGAAUUCGGUGGUUCUGUACGCGAAUUCCGAGGUUUUUGCUGGUUUGAUAAGUGAUUACAAGAAGGGUUCAGGUUCAACUUCAAAUGGUAGUGGCUGUAGUAGCAAAAUGUGCAGGAUUGAGGUUCCUGAGGUCGAUAACUUGGGGUUGUUCAGAGAAACCAUUGAGCUCAUGUUCGAGGAUGAUGUUACCAAAAGGCUCGCUAAGAUUGGUGUUUUUCGAUCCAUCGACGUUUUGGAGGUGGCUGCUGGCAUCAAGUUCACAAGGGGUGUAUUAUCCUGUUUGAAGUACCUUGAGGCUGUUCCUUGGACUGAAGAGGAAGAAGAGAAAUUGAGGAGCUUGUUCACAAGAUUCAAGUUCGAUGAUACGACAACCAGGGACAUCCUAGGUAGAUUCUACUUGAAUGAUUCAGCAGAUUCACAGCCAAAUGUUGCAAUGCAACUCGUUUGGUCUAUCACCAGUUCUGCAGAUGCCAAUGCAAGGAACGAACUUAAGUCACUAGUAAAGGGUCUUCUAAGUAAAAGCUCGGUCUAUGAGAAGAACCAUGUUGACCUCAGCAAGGAGGAUCUAUAUUCUGUUUGCCACUCGUGUCUCGCUUCUCUAGUUAGCCUAUUUGAGGGGAAAUCUGACGACAACCGUCAUGAACAAUCAUUGCCGAAGAAAGAUAUGAACAAGCCUUUGAUCGAACGCGUCGCAAGACAGGUUGAUAACAUCAACUGGUUGCUGGAAAUCAUGUUUGAUGGGCAAAUGGCGGAAGACUUUGUUGAUAUAUGGACCAAUCAGCAGCAGCUACUUAAAUUGCAUGAUGAUGCCUCUCCCAUGGUAAGAUACGAACUGAGUCGAGUGUCAGCAACAUUGUUUGUCGCCAUCGGCACCAGAAAACUACAAUGUCGGUUGGAAGCUAGGUCGGGGCUUCUUCAGGCGUGGUUCAAACCAAUGCUGUUGGACUUUGGGUGGCUGCAGAGAUGCAAAAAGGGGCUUGAUAUGAAGGCAUUGGAAGAGGCAAUGGGUCAGGCACUUCUUACUUUGCCCCUCAAGCAACAACACAUGCUGUUUAUGGAAUGGUUUCGGUAUUUCUCAAAGCAUGGUACUGAGUGUCCAAAUCUAAGUAAGGCAUUCCAGAUAUGGUGGCGCAGAUCAUUUUUAAGGGGCUCUGAGACUCAUGAAAUUGAAUCAAGGUAAAGAAAAAAAGAAUACUGAUGCUUGUGAUGUUUACUUCUGUCUACUCUGUAAAGAGUUGCAAUUAGGUGAGAAAUUCUAAGCUAUGUACACUGAAUAAAGUAGAUGAACUCUAUAUGAAUAUGAUCAUUGUAUUAGUUGAUUGAUGCCUAAAUAGUAUCGAAUUUUCUAGGAGGUUUUUGUAUUAUUUUUAAUUUAAUUUAUUAAUAUUUUCUUAAUGGCCUAGGUCCUAAUGAGGCCUCCAAGAAAUCCUCAUAAAAAAAGAAAACUCGUUGCUGUACCUUAGAAAGGUCUAUUCUUGUAGCACAUCUGUUGCCAUGGUCAUGCUAUUCUCGUUUGUUUAACUUUGUACAAA